CGGCGGCGGCGGCUGAGGACACAGGACACAGGACACGACCACUACACCGCAGCAGCCUCACACAGUUCGGCGGCGCAGCAGAAUUGUUAUUUUUAGCGCUUGGUUCGUGCUGCAGCGUGGCUCGGUUCGUGGCUCGGUUCUGUCUCUGUUUCUGCCUACCACAGUUUAAACAGCAGUCGCUCAGUGAGUGAGUGAAGGCUGAGUGAGCGCGAGGCUGCGCGGUUGUUGACGGUCGAGAGGGAAAGGAGGAGGAUAACGGAGGUGGAGAGACACAAACAGCAGCAGCACACAUUUGAAGAGACCUACUUUCAUCAGCUUUAAGUGAACUAACUGCCCGCUCACAGAUGGCCAGCCCCGCUGCAGGUCGACCUGUCCCGGCUGCUCCGACGAGGGACGAGCCGCGGGAGCCGAACCAUCCAGAACCAGCCUGUCAGGAGGCGCAGAAAUGGAUAGAGGCUGUCACUGGGAAGAGCUUUGGAGAGAAGGACUUCCGCAGUGCACUGGAGAACGGCAUCCUGUUAUGCGAGCUGCUGAGUGUAAUCAAACCAGGCCUGGUCAAGAAGAUCAACAGACUGCCCACCCCCAUCGCUGGACUGGACAAUCUGUCAGUCUUCCUGCGGGGCUGUGAGGAGUUGGGCCUAAAGGGCUCCCAACUGUUUGACCCCGGAGACUUGCAGGACACUUCUAUACGAGCGAAUCUCAAAGACUCUGACUGCAAUCGCAAACUAAAAAAUGUGCUGAACACAGUGUUCUGGCUGGGGAAAGCUGCCAGCGGCUGUGCCUCCUACAGUGGCCCUACUCUCAACCUCAAGGAGUUUGAAGGGCUUCUUGCUCAAAUGAGGAUGGAGAGUGAGGAAGGAGGUGACAGUCCACAGAAGAGAAGUGUUAGAGACAGCGGCUACGACUGCUGGGACUCAGAGAGGAGUGAGUCUCUUUCUCCACCACAACACACUCGGGACAACUCCCUGGACAGUCUGGACUCCUUUGGUUCCCGCUCACAGCACAGUCCUUCCCCGGAUGUGGUGAAUCGAGGCAACAGUGAUGGGCGAGGUAGCGACUCGGAGGCUGAUGGUUCCAACAGGAAGCCAGAUGUACGGAAGGACGACAUGUUGGCCAGGCGGACUGCCAGCAGCGAUUCAAGAAGCUCCAUCCCGUUCAAUCAGUUUCUUCCCAAUCGAACAAACGCCAGCUCCUACAUCCCAGCUCCCCGACGAAAACCCCAUGCUGAGGAGGGAGAGCAACGAAGUCAAACUCAAGCCACUGUAGAGCAGGGCAAAAGAACUGGACCACACCACAAAACUCCCAAAACUGUCACUUGGGCCCUUGAGAACAAUGGGGGAAAAGUAAAACAGGAAGAGGAGAGAGUGACCCAGGAGGUGUUGGAGCAGAGGCGGCUGCAGAAGUUGGAGAAGGCAGGAAUAAAAGUUCUGCCUGCUGCUGCUCGCUACAGCAGCCCCCCAACAAUGGAGAAACAGGAAGUGAGGUCACCGUCACCAAACAUCAUCCUUCGCCGAGAUAACGACUUUUUGAGCUCACAGAAAUCUGCUCGGGAGUCCUCCUCUGAGGGGGAGGAGGAGGCAGCAGCACAGAAAGUUCCAGAUGUUCGGAGGGAUGACUUGGCGUCCAGACGGACUCAUCACAGUGCUGUUGCUCCCAAGGUGCACCAGUUUGUCCCUUCACCUGUCUGUAGCAAGAAAGACCAAGAGCGCUGGGAGGGCAUCAGACGAGCCUCACAGCAAACUCUGCAGGAGAAGGAGACCAGUGAGAAGGAAGCAACCCCUGACAUCAUUACUCGCAGAGACAACUCUUUCCUGAACUCUGCCUCUCACCACGAGGAAGAGGAGGAUGAGGAGGAAGAGGGCAGGGUUAAGGCGAUGCCUAACAAGCAGAAGGACGACCUGGCUCAUAGGCGGGCUCAGAGUCGGACCCUCCCUCACAGGGAUGGACCCGUUAGUUUUGUUUCUGCCUCCAUCAGCCAGGCAGAUAUGAAGAAAUGGGAGAGAUUGAAGAUGACUGAACCCAGUGAGGGUAACCCGGCACCUGUGUGUCAGGCUUGUCUGGAGAAAAGUUAUGGAAGUCCUUUCAGCAGCUCAGCAAAGGCUGGACGAGGUCACAGCAAAGUUGUGACUUUUGGGGGCGUGACUGAGAUCAAGCAGCCAAUAGACACAGUCACAUCAAAUGAAGGGGAGGAGACGGAGUUGCUAAGACGACUCCUUUCCAAGGCAACUGUAGCCAUGCCUACCAUUGGCCUGGGCUCCCAGCUUUCAGAGCGGGAACGCAGCCAGGUGGACGGAGCUGACCUCAGUCAAACUACGCCUCCUUCUGCUGAUCUCCCACCAUGGACCCUUGUACUUGCUCAAACUCCCGCUGAGCUGGACGCUCAUCUGGCUCAGUAUGAAGGGAGAACAGAAGAGGAGGAUGAGGACGACGAACAGGAGAGGAUCCCAGAUCUUCAGAAAGACGAUAUGAUGGCAAGGAGGACCGGAGUUUUCCAUAAACAAAGCACUGCUACAGUGAGUUACAACCGUUUCCUGCCUCUGCCUGCCACCAAACGCUGCACUCAGGGCGAGGACACUGCUGAUGCUGCUCCGCGAAACAAAAAGCAAGUGCAGACUGACAGAAACAAGAAACUGAACGCCAGAGUGGAGCAAGAAGAACAGCCCAGAGUUCAAACAGAAACUCUACUGCCCAAUUUGAUGGCAACAUCUCGCAGCAAACAGGAAUAUGACGAUGAUGAGGAUGAGUAUGAUGAGAACGAGCCUGUGCCUGAUCUGGAGAAGGACGACAUGAUGGCACGAAGGACUGGAUUGUUCCAAAAACCAGUUGCACCUAGAACAAACCAGUCCUUUAGCCAGUUCCUGCCUGUUCCUGGAUCAGUCAAAUAUAACGUCAGCCCGGUGUCUGCAAUGAAGCAGCUCCGCAGCAAACCCAAACACGCAGAGAAGAUGCCUAGUGAAAGCAGCAUCGUUGCCAUAGCAGCUGAACUUCAGGUCCCGCCCCCCACUACCCCAACCAUCCCCAAGUGUGCAAAGCUGAGGGAGAGGCAGGAAGUGGAGGAGGAGGAUAUUAAACAAGAGGGAGACAUUACAGCCCCGAUCACCUCUGUCACAGAUGUGACUGAACCCAUCUCUUCUCCAUCACUCACCCUUCCACCUCCCCCACCACCUCCUGCUGCUCCUGCUGCUCCUGCUGCUUCUCACAUCUCUAAAGUGGAGGCAGAGUUGAGAAAGAUGAGUGUGGAGGAAAAAACUGAGGAAAGAGAGGAGAAACCCUUCUGGCAGGAUGACGAUGAUCUACCUCCCAUGAUGGUGAGCCGACGAGUUGCUUUUAUGUCUGAGGACACAGAGAGUGUGAGUAUGAGUGACAUUCUCAACGAGGAAGAGGCGGAACACUUACCACCGUUGAGCCAAUCACGACAUGAUCGCAUGCAGGAACAGUACAACCAGUUUCAGGAAGAGGACGAUCCCUGGCGAAAUGACUUGGCUCGCUGGAAGACUCGCCGUCGCAGCGCGUCACAGGACCUGAUCAAGAAAGAGGAAGAGAGGAAGAGGGUUGAGAGAAGGAUGAAGGAGCAGGAAAGUGAUAGCAACAAGAGGAAAAGCAUCAAGACCUACAAAGAGAUUGUGGAAGAGAAGGAACGCAGAGAGGCAGAGUUGUGCGAAGCAUACAGGAACGCAGCCACUCCAGAGGAAGCAGCCAUGGUUUUACAGCGUUAUGCUCUCCGCUUCACCAUCAGCGAUGCAACACUGGACAGUCUGAAACUGCCCAGAUCCACCUCAAAGCCCAUAUCAGAACUAAAUCAGGUGGAUGAAGAGCACAAACCCUCAUCACCUGUUAAUGACGCAGAAUCACAGCCUGCACACAAACCAGAGCCAACAGAACCGAGGGUCACCGAAAUUGAAGAGACAGAGACAAGUUCAGUCACUGAACAACAGCUGUCAGUGUCUGUCUCCACCAGUUCCCCGCCAUCUAAAAGUCUCCUCACCACAUUCACAAAUUCAGAAUCUGCACCACGUCAGUCGUUAGAGCUUCAUGAACCUCAAUCCAAAUCGACAGAGUCUCCAGCCACACACCAAGAACAACCGACUACAGGAGACACACAGCCACAGACCAAGCACACACCGCCUCAGAUUGCACACGUGCAGCCGCACAUCGAACAGCCAGCACACACAUUCCCCUCGGUUCCAUCUGUCCCCUCCAGACCGCUGCCCCUCCUGGUAGCCAAACCUUAUCGCCAACCCAGGAGCACGACGUCUGGACACAAACCUGUCAAGAUGGAUGGAUUGGUCCGUGUGAACGGAGACGCGACAGAGGAUUUAUCUGCUCCCAUCACACCUGCCUCUCCUCAGCCCUCGCCACAGGGGAGUGAAGACACCACCCCCAAACUGGUGGAGGAAGAGGUUCCACCUAAAGAGACUGUGAAAAAUCAGGAGACAACAGAACAGCCUCCACCGCGGCCGCCAAUGCCACUGCAGACGGAGAAACCAACCACUGCUACAGGCUCCGCCAUCAGCUCUUUGAUCGGAGGCCGAAACUGUAUCAUCACAACAACGAUUGUAACAGAGCUGACACAGACUCUCGUGGAGCCUCUUCAACAAGAGCAAAGCAACGAACAGGUCAGUGGAACCACUGGUUUGUUUGGGAGCCCAGUGCAGGAAAACAGGGAGGAACCAGUUUCAUCGCCCACCAGCAUGCAAGAAUAUUCUCCUACUGUCACAGAAGGACUUGAGGAGAGCAGUGUGAGUAUUGAGACCCCCAUGUUGAACUUGGCUAAACGUGUUAAUCACUGGGUCUGGGACCCCAAUGAAGAGCGUAACCGCCUGGAAAGGUGGCAGCAGGAGCAGGAGCGCCUCCUACAGGAGCAAUACCAGAGAGAACAGGAGAAGCUGAAGAAGGAGUGGGAGAAAGCACAGCUAGAGGUGGAGGAGGAGGAGCGAAAGCACAAUGAAGAGGAGAGACGGAUUCUGGAGGAGACUGUGACUCCCCUCAAUCCAACCAGCUUGUUGAACCAGCAGCUUGUGAAGACAGAGACGACUUCAUCAGCUCCAGAGGAAAUCAACAUGGAGAAGAAAAAUGUUCCACCUCAGCAAAACGGCCAAAGAGUCUCCACAGGACCUGAGGAUCAACAUGUAUCAAAGCUGCAUUUUUUCCAGGAUACUGUGAGUGAUGAUGAACCGUCAAAGAAACAGGAACUGUGGAAAACAGCCUCAUUAGACCGCAACCCUCAGCUGAACCAGCCACAUGCUGUUAAAAGGUCUGGAUCACAUGACAUUGUAGCAGGCAAACAGCAGUCUUCCUCCGCCUCCUCCUCAUCACCAUCACCACAGCCUCCUUCACCCAGCAGGUGUGUUAGUGGGAAGAGACUGUGCUCUGGUUGCUCCCAGCCUCUGGGAAAAGGAGCGGCCAUGAUCAUCGAUACACUGGGACUUUUCUUCCACAUACAGUGUUUUAAGUGUGGAGUGUGUAAUGGGCAACUGGGUGAUGCCACUGCGGGGACUGACGUAAGGAUUCGUAACGGACUGCUGAGCUGUCAUGAGUGCUAUAUGGCAACUCGAGGCAGAGGACAGCCCACCACACUAUAAUGACCUGCAUUUGAACUGGAUCCCCACCAUCAGCACCACACUCUGUGUUUGGGUGUAGAAGGGUUCGAGAAGCUUGAAUCAUAUUCUGGAAAAUUCCUGGAAUCUCUUUGGAAAUGUCUUUUUUUUGUCCCCUGAAAUGAACAAACAGCUUUAUGGAAGUUUCUGAGAGGAAAACUGACAAGUGGACUUAACUAAACAAAAGCACACACACAGUACAGUAUGUGCUUCUUAACUGUACAUGUGUAUACCCUUCUUGUUUGUGUAGCAUGGACAUAGUAAAGCAACCAUUGUCUUUAGGCCUUUGCACAGUCAAGACAGCAAAAUAAGGAUCUGUUCUGUCACAAUGUUUCACGACAAGCUAAACACUACUGUCUUUAACACAACACUUUCAAUAAUCCUGAUUCAUGCUUCUGCACUGAUCAUACGACUCCAUAUCUCAGAACGUGGUGUGGGUUGAAGUAUAAGCUGAAGUAGCUUGAAACAUUAAAAUGCCUUACUCGUCAUAUUUUAUCAUUCUUUUUCUUUUGGUUUUGUGUUUACAGUUUUGCAUGAAAGAAGAACUUAUAUAUAAGUUAUUGUGCGUAUUUCUCAGAUGGAUAGUAAGAGUUUGAUUGUUAUCCUCUCAACAGCAAAACUUAAACUCUCCUCUCGUAUCUUGUACAUCGUAUUCAUCGUCAUUUUAUAAUUUUUGCAAAUAUGGCUAUCUUACACAAGCUAUUUCUUUUAGAAUUAAAAUGUACGGGAAUGACAACGCACUAUACAAAGUAAUAAUACUUGUUUUGGAUUUUAGAUAUUUUCCCUUUAAGAUGUUUUAUCGUGUUGUUUAUUCUCAUAGACUGACUGCGUCCCAAACAGUGCCUUAUGUAAUGGAUGCGAUGGCUGGUGUACGUCAUGUGUUUUUCACACUUACACCGACCACUAGCUCAUUGCAUUGUGUGCAUGUGUGUUAUGAGUGAGUGUGCACUUACAUGUAUGCUAAGUGUAAUUUGACUUGAAGUACAGUUCCAUACCAGCAAAAAAUGUUACAUGGAUCACUCCUAAUCACCUGAUGUUCUCUUCCAUCCUUCUCCAAGAGCUUAACCAAUGACACCAUCACUUGCUGCUUCCCUGUGAGUUACAGCCUGAUAAUUUAUCAAUCGCAAUCUCCCUAGAAAAAACCUCUCCUUGUUUGCCUCUCUCAAAAGUGUUGUCUCCCUAAGAGCCUGAGCUGAACUCCUCUGUGUAUUAUUGCCUCUAUCUGGACACUUGACAGUGUCCUCCAUCACUCAGAAGAGAUAAAGUCCAUUGUCUUUUAUAGCAAGUGUAUGUUUAACAAUAAAAUAUUUUAGAUGGGA